AUGUCUGCCGAAACUGCUACCGCUCCCGCCAAUGACACCCCUGUCAACGGCACCCCCGAGGCCAACGGCGCCCCUGCCGCUGCCCCUGCCGAGGGCACCUCCGGCGAGGGUGCUGCUGCCAACGCGCAGCCCCACUCGGCCUCGCUCUAUGUCGGUGAACUCGAUUUCUCCGUGACCGAGGCCAUGCUCUACGAGCUCUUCUCCUCCAUCGGCCAGGUCGCCUCCAUCCGUGUCUGCCGUGACGCCGUCACCCGUCGCUCCCUGGGCUACGCCUACGUCAACUACAACAACACCGCCGACGGUGAGCGCGCUCUGGAGGACCUGAACUACACUCUCAUCAAGGGCAAGCCCUGCCGUAUCAUGUGGUCUCAGCGUGAUCCCGCUCUGCGCAAGACUGGCCAGGGCAACGUCUUCAUCAAGAACCUGGACAAUGCCAUUGACAACAAGGCCCUGCACGACACCUUUGCGGCGUUCGGCAACAUUCUCAGCUGCAAGGUCGCUCAGGAUGAGUUCGGCAACUCGAAGGGCUACGGGUUCGUUCACUACGAGACUGCCGAGGCUGCCAACAACGCCAUCAAGCACGUCAACGGCAUGCUGCUGAAUGACAAGAAGGUGUUUGUCGGUCACCAUAUUUCCAAGAAGGACCGCCAGAGCAAGUUCGAGGAGAUGAAGGCCAACUUCACCAACAUCUACAUCAAGAACCUCGAACUGGAGAUCGGCGAUGACGAGUUCCGCACUAUGUUCGAGGCGUUCGGUGAGAUCACCUCCGCCACCCUCAGCCACGACCAGGAGGGCAAGAGCCGCGGCUUCGGUUUCGUCAACUACUCGACCCACGAGAGUGCGCAGGCCGCCGUCGAGGAGAUGAACGAGAAGGACAUCAAGGGCCAGAAGCUCUACGUGGGCCGUGCCCAGAAGAAGCACGAGCGUGAGGAGGAGCUGCGCAAGCAGUACGAGGCCGCCCGCAUGGAGAAGGCCUCCAAGUACCAGGGUGUCAAUCUGUACGUCAAGAACUUGACUGAUGACGUGGACGACGAGAAGCUCCGCGAUAUCUUCAGCCCCUACGGCACCAUCACCUCGGCCAAGGUGAUGCGCGAGACCAACGCUGAGCGCUCCGAGUCGCCUGACUCCGAGGAGAAGGAGAACGAGGCCAACAAGGAGAACGAGGAGGUCAAGGAGGCCAAGGAGGAGGAUGACAAGGCCGAGGAGAAGGAAGAUGAGGACAAGGAGGACAAGGGCGACAAGAAGGGCCUUGGCAAGAGCAAGGGCUUCGGCUUCGUUUGCUUCAGCAGCCCCGAUGAGGCCUCCAAGGCUGUGACCGAGAUGAACCAGCGCAUGGUCAACGGCAAGCCUCUCUACGUCGCCCUCGCUCAGCGCAAGGAUGUCCGCCGCAGCCAACUGGAGGCUAGCAUCCAGGCUCGCAACACCAUCCGUCAGCAGCAGGCUGCUGCCGCCGCUGGCAUGCCCCAGCCUUACAUGCAGCCAGCCGUCUUCUACGGCCCCGGCCAGCAGGGCUUCAUUCCCGGCCAGCGUGGCGGCAUGGCUUUCCCUCCUCAGCCCGGCAUGGUGAUGCCUGGCAUGCCUGGCGGUCGCCCGGGUCAGUUCCCCGGUCCCUUCCCCGGCCAGCAGGGCGGUCGCGGCAUGGGUCCCAACCAGCAGAUGCCUCCCAACUUCCAGGGUAUGCCCAUGGGCAUGCAAGGUCCUGGUGGCAUGCCUAACGGCAUGGGCUACCCCAUGGGUCAGGUCCAGGGCUUCGGUGGUCGUGGCGGCGGUGGCCGCGGUCAGGUUCCCGGUAUGCCGAUGGGUCAGGGUAUGCGUGGCGGCCCUGGAUUCGGUGGCCGUGGUGGUCCUCAAAUGGGCCGUGGCCAGGGUCGUGGUCAGCCUGCUCCUGGUGGGCCGCCUGCCGGCCGUGAGGAGGGUGCCGCUGGUGGUUCCAACCUUCAGGCUCUGGCUGCCGCUCCCGCUCCUCAGCAGAAGCAGAUGCUCGGUGAGGCUCUGUACCCCAAGAUCCAGGCUCAGCAGCCCGAGCUGGCCGGCAAGAUCACUGGUAUGCUUCUGGAGAUGGACAACGCUGAACUGAUGGGCCUGCUCGAGGACGAUGAUGCUCUGCGCGCCAAGGUCGACGAGGCUCUCAGCGUUUAUGACGAGUAUAUGAAGAACAAGGGUACCGAGGGCGAGGCGACUGCCGACUCCAAGCCCAAGGAGGCUGCCGCCAAGGAGGCUUCCUCGGAGGAGAACAAGUCGUAG